AUGUCUGCCAAAGCAACCCCUGUCAAGUUCGUCAAAGGCCUGAGGGUUGUCAAUGCUGUGCCCGGCAAGGUUGACUUUGAGUUGGACAUUACAAAGGACCACACCAACCGCCUGAAGAUCAUACACGGAGGUACUAUCGCCAGCAUGGUAGACCUUGGAGGCUCACUGGCUGUUGCGUCCAUGGGCCUCUAUGCGACAGGUGUCUCGACAGAUCUCAACGUUACCUAUCUAAGCAGUGGAGGGAAAGUCGGCGACAAGAUUUCCGCAACUGCCACCUGCGAUAAGAUGGGCAAGACGCUUGCAUACACAUCAAUCACGUUCAAGAAUAGCAAAGGCGAGCUAGCUGCCCGUGGAAGUCACACUAAGUAUGUAACACAGGCCUGGAAGUCUCAGAUAGCUGAGCCCUAUACGCCCCCUGAAGGUGUCAGCCUCGACCAAGUUGACUGA